AUGACUUCGACAACCACCACGUCUCGGCGAUUCAAGCUCUUUGGCUACUCAAAAAACAUCGAGCCAUAUACCAAGAAGCGCAUUAUCGAAUUUGGGAUGUGCAACCUUCAUGCGAACCUCAACAGAGAAUACGAUCCCGACCGUGACGAUGAGCUCCGUGCGAUGCGCGCAGGGUCCAACAUUUCCGACUUUGACAACACCGAGUUCCGCAUCCAGAGGCAAAAGGUUGACCUCACCUACGUCUACGAGAAUGUCGACAUUGAGAUGCCCACCGCCGCGCAGCUCCGUCGCAUGCCCGGCCCCGUGCGCCGCAACAUGCGCGUCGUCCCGCAGACCCCGCGCGCCGAGCUCUACAACCGCGGCCCGGCCGUGGCGCCCACGCCCAAGAUUCCAGAUCCCUACGACGACUCGCCGCUCUGGGGUUUCAGAGACAAGUACAUGUACCGCGCGAGGAUUGAUCCUGAGGAAGCAAAGGAGGCGAAGAGGCAGAAAAUGCCAAAGGAGAACAAGAAGAAGCGCAAAGCGCGCGGCCGAAACCAGUCGGAGCAUCCAGAAGAGGCCGACAUUGAGAUUGGACAUGGUCGGAAGAGGCCUCGCGUUGAUGAGGAAGAGCAAGCGCAGAUGGAAGAGGAGCAAGUGCAGGACUACAACCCUGUGCAUCUUCCACCUACUCCUGCCACGACGCCCGGCUUUACAGCUCCGUGCGACAUGCCUGUGCAGUCGAUUGAGCAGACCGACGGGCAAGUGGAGGCUAACAUCGAGCUCCUCGCAAACUUCAACAAUACCCAUUCAGCGCCGACUGCGCCUACCGAAGCCAGAGCUACUACAUCUACCUCUUCGAGCUCGAGCACCAGCCCGCCUACUCGGUCGAGGGCCGCACCAUCCUCCAGCUCCAGCUCCAGCUCCAGGCCCAGCCCUACUGUUGCUGUUAAAGGUGGAGGUAGAGAAGCAAGAGGAAAAGUGCUAAGAGGUGGAGGCGCCGCACCUGCACCAUCCUCGCCUCUAAACCCACCAUCCCUAGGUUCUCUGGAGCCCGUCGUCGAGGCGUCGUCGUCGUCGUCGUCGUCGUCUGCGCCCGCCGCGACUGUAGACCAGGGUCCUCCGCAAUUCGCCAGGCAAGGCUUCCUCGCGCUGCCGAACGAGGAGCUGGUGUACCGCAACCAGAGCCUCGGCCUGCAGCCCGCCAUUCUCGGCACCUGCACGACCAUCUUCCGCGAGGCGGCGCGCACGCUCUACGGCGAAAACGAGUUCCUGUACCUCCUCCGCGACGGCGCCAACCACGUCGCCGACGUCACGGCCGUCGGCCAGGACGACGCGCCCAACCCGGCCAGCGACGCCGAGGAGGACCCCGAAUGGGGCCCCGCGCGCCGCGCCACCCGACGCGGCCGCCGCAGCGCGGUGAAGCCGCUGGAAAAGUUUGACAUCAACCUCGACCGCUACAUCAGGUACGUCCGGCACAUCUGCAUCGAGGCCGAGCACAACCGCUUCGACGAGGCGGCGCAGACGCGCGCGGCCAGCGCCGUCAAGGUCUUUACGGACCGCUACCCGGCGAUGCCGGCCGGCAGCUUCUCUACGCGCCUCGCCAGCCUGGAGCUGCGCGUGGUGCCCAUGUGGGAGGCCAACGUCGGCGAGCUCGGCGGCGGCGGCGGCUUCACCUUUCUCGACUGGUUCGACGCCGACACGGGGCUCAUGCGGAGCAUCCGCGACCUCUCGUGCGACCAGCUGACGGUGCGCGUCCUGCCGCCGCCCGGCAACCAAGCACGGGGGUCGCGCCGCUUGCGUAACGCGGGCGGCGGUGCCAGCGUCGUCGGUGGACCGCCGACGUUCACGCACCAUGUGAGCAUGCACGACUACCAGGUCGGCCGGCUGGUGCGCGACUUUGGCAUGGUGGAUGUCUGGGCGGGCGACGGUGCGAUGCAGCUCGGGAGGGAGGCGCGCCUGGGCGAGAUGGAGGCCGGGUUCAGGAGGCUGCAGCGCGUGCUGGAGGGGGUCUGCCGGGACGCCACGUAUGGCGAGCGUGGCUGUCCGCGGGUCGUCGAGGACGGGGAGGAUGGGGAUGGGGAUGGGGAGGGGCAGGAUGCGGACGGAGGGGAUGGUGUGGGGGACGAUGGACCAGCAGAUGACGACUUUGAGGAGGAGUUAUUGCUGCUUGACAAUGAUGAUGAGGAUGAUGAGGACUACGAGGACUAA